ACGCAGUGGAGCUCUGCCGCUCUUACACUAUCAUUAUCAAUUUUGCUGUACUGCAAUCUUUCCAUACAUGAAAAAAAUGUUUUAGAAAGGUUAGCAGAAACGUUGCAGCGCCGAGAUCUGAAGAAGGGAUGGCGCCUGCUCGAGGGAAUCUCUUCUCAGAAAGCCCUAUAAAGGAGGAAGUGAGGUCGGAACCUCCAUUGAAGAGCUUGUGGACACAACCUAUAUCUCCGCUUCCACGCUGAGGCCAGCGUAAAGUUUGAAAAUGGCCUCCCAACACCAGUCUUCAAAAAAUGGUAAAUCUUCCCUUAAAUACUGGUGGAUUCCAUUGGAGGUGCAGUCCUUCGAGCCAGAUCUCAUUGUUCUUAAUAAGAACUUAUGUACACCCUCCACUUCUAGCCAAAAAGGUGGUCUGCCGUCGAAUAGAAGGCCAAACAAAGGACUCACAAUUUCACAUUUUCGAUCAGCAGCUGCAGGGUUAUGGGAUUAUGUUGGUCAACCAGCAAUUUGUCUAUCCGAAGAUAACUUUAAAUAUGAUAACCUUUAUGAGAAAGUUAACCUCUUUCAAUUAGACAGUGAAAGAGAUGUACCAGCAGUAUUUGUUGAUAACAAAAUCUUUCAGCAAAAUGCAGAACUUAGAACCGGAUACAAAACUACAGCCAAGUCAAAUUUCGAGGAUCUUAGAAGAAUCAAGAAGAUGCUGCUUUUUGCUUCAUGUAAUAGGAACAUUAACAGCUUCUAUUUCCAGAGCACUGCCAUUUCGACUGGAGAAACCAAUAAAGCUGCUGAGGUGGCUUCUAAUGGUAUGGCCGGCAGAGCUAGCAAUUUGACCACAAAACCUUACUUUGGUUUAAAAGAUUUUGCGAAAUUCACUAAAGAUGGGUGUCAAGAAAUGGAUGAAAGCUACACCAUUGGCAAAGUUUCAUCUGACUUACCUGACAUUCAAAGUACAAACAACUUCUACAAAGCAGAAGACACAGAUUUAGUCAUAAAAACUACACACUUAAGCAAAAAUGAACAGAAGCCACCCAGCUCUCUUUCUUCAGAACACACUCUCCAGCCUUCAACUUGUGCAGAGAAGGCAGAAACCAUUUUGAGAAAACCAAUUUCCGGACUCCAGACUAGUUGUAAUAUGGAAAUUUUAUCUUCAAGUUUAGAAUCUGACGAGUGCCAGAAGUUGAUAAAUUCUACUAGUGUCUCUGAAGCUUUAGAAGAAGCAUCUGCCACCAAUUAUCAAAAUACUUGUGAAAAUGACAAGUUUUUUGGCUCACUUUCCCUUAUAGGAAACUUUUCCCCGAAGCCAUGGUUGACCAUACAAAAUAAGCUUCAACUUGCCUUCUCUAACAAUAGGCAUGCUAUAGCUGGAGCACUGGCCGGAACACUGGUUACACUUUGUCUGCAUCCUGUUGAUACAGUUAAAACUAUCAUUCAAGCAAAUGAAAUGGGUCAAAAAUCAUUUUAUCGCAUUCUCAGAAGAAUCAUAUCUCAGCAUGGGAUAGUUGGACUUUAUCGGGGAAUAGGUAGUAAUAUUACUUCUUCAGCACCGAUUUCUGCAAUUUAUACUUUUACUUAUGAAUCUGUUAAGUGCAGUCUUCUACCUCUUCUGCCAAAUGAAUACCAUUCUUUUGCUCAUUGCAUUGCUGGUGGUUGUUCAAGUAUAGCAACCUCUUUUGUCUUUACUCCUAGUGAACGUAUAAAGCAGCAAAUGCAAGUUAGUUCACAGUACCAAAACUGUUGGAAAGCUUUAAUAGGAUGCCUUCAAAAGGGUGGUAUUCCUUCAUUAUAUGCAGGAUGGGGUGCUGUACUUUGCAGGAACAUUCCUCACUCUAUUAUUAAGUUCUACACCUAUGAAAGUUUGAAGCAAAUUUUCUCAUCACUUUAUCCUGAUUCUAACCUCCAAACUUUUCACACGCUUGUUUGUGGAGGUCUUGCUGGAUCUACUGCUGCUCUUUUUACAACUCCCUUUGAUGUAGUGAAGACUAGACUGCAAAUACAGCCUCCUGGAUCUAUUGGAAAAUAUCAUGGUGUUUUUCACGCGCUUCAAGAAAUUGCCAGACAAGAAGGUCUGCAGGGUCUCUACAGGGGCUUAACUCCAAGGUUAGCUAUGUAUGUCUCUCAAGGAGCCAUUUUCUUCGCUUCAUAUGAGUUUCUCAAAGCUGUUUUCCUAUUGGAAACUCCUGAAAACUCUACUAAAUUAAAGGAAAAUGAGAUAUGCUUAGACGAUCCUGCAGCAGCAGGACUAGAGAAGUUGCCGGCAUAAUAGAAUAUCACACAUCAGCUAAAACAUCUCCAGUUUCGUUGCAUUUUGGCCGAGUGGAGUCUCCUAUUUUGAGAAAAUUAUUUGGUCCGGACACAUGACAGAGAGAAUCAUCUGGAUUUUUAUCAGUCAACAGUAAAAGCAUAGUUACUGUAGCAAUUACGCUUUGACUGCUUUUUUAUUAUAGACAGAGAAAUCUGAAUGAUUCUCUCUGUCAGAUGUCCGGACCUAAUAAUUUGCCCUCGAAUAAGUACAAAUAGAAUGGCUUCAAUUUAAUAAGGAACAGCUGUUCUUUUUUCUGAUCUCCUUAUGAGCCUAUUAUAUCAGAACAGGACUUCUGAUUCUAUCAGCUACUAUGUAGCAGGCUUUCCCGUAUCCCCAGCAAUUCUUUUUUCUUAAUAAAAUAAUUCCAUCUAUUCCUGAACGA